AGGUGGCCAGAGGUGUGUUCCGCCGCUGGGGCGCUAGCUUGGGAACGCUAGACAAUUUGGUGAAAAUUAAGGACGCAGGAGUCUGGAUGUCGGCUACGGGACAGCCGCUCAUUGGGGGUUCAGUCAAACCCGAAAGUCGCGAACAAGUCUUACGCGAGCCGUUGAUCAAGGGACGAACCUUGGACACGACCUCCGCCUCAUGUCAAGACCCCUGUCAGACGUUUCAAUGUCCGGCCUUUGCUUUUGUUGGAAUACGGACGAUCCAAAUUCCCGUUGACAAUUCUUCGACUCAGGGUCGACCCGCAUUUAGUGCUUAUAGACAGUGA